UUAUAUGGGAGAUAUAGGGCCCUGGUUAGUACAAUGGCACAUGUAGGGAUGAGAGACGUGAUGUUAAUGAUUUUAGACAGUAUACCCUUUGACAUUUAAUGCUAUUUUGUUUGCUUUAUGAUAUAUAAAUUGUAAUAGAUUUGUAAGAUCGAAAUGUAUGAAAAGAAAAAAUCUCUAAUGUUAUUACUAUUUCGUAUCUCUUGAAAUAUUCAGUAGAGAGCCGACGUAUGACGUGGAGUGAUGUCUAUGGGCAUGAAAGUGACGGGAGAAGAACGAGAUGUUGACGGAGAAAACCAUUCUACCCAAGAAACCACUGUUGCUUGUAAAAUGUACUUUUAUGGGAGGGAAUUUUGUUUUGUACUAGCGCUUUUGUUUACAUCCUACGCAGCCCUACAAAAUGCGCCACCAAAGGUAUCGAAAAGUCCGUUACCUGUUCGGUUCUUUUCAAGGACUUCGUUAGUAGCAGAUUUUUAUUAUGGUCAGUUAAGUUCUGCUUUUGAAAGAGUGGCAGAAUCAGAUGUGUCAUUUGUUAUGUAUUAUGCACCAUGGGACGCAGAAAGUCAGAGUUUAAAGGAAGAAUUUGCUAUAGUUGCUCAGUACUAUUAUAAACAGGUAUAUUUUGCAGCUAUAAAUUGUUGGCAACCUCUUGGAGAAUGUCGUCAACAGUUCUCAAAAAUUCAACACUUUCCAGUGCUGAUUGCAUAUACUCAGCAUACCAAAGGAAUUCAAUACAAAGGGGUUAAGGAGGCUGGCCAUAUGAUAAAGUUUAUACAAUCUGUUGUGCGGCCAUUAUCAAGAAUUGAACAUCCUCAUGAUCUUGUCGACUUGAUGGCUUCUCAUGAUGCUGUGGUUGUUGGACUUUUCCACUUUUCUGGUAACAUUGGUAGCCCUGGUUUUCAUACUUUUUAUUCUACAUCUCUUAAAUUUCUCGAAAGGGAUCCACUUCGAGAAGUGGGCUUUGGUGUUGUCACAAAUGAAGUAGCUGCAGCUCACUUUGGUAUAUUUGAACUUCCUGCAGUGAGACUUUAUAUGUGGAAUGAAACAUUGGAGUACAGCCAAUCUGCUGACUAUUCUGUAGAUGCUCUUACAAAAUGGAUGUCUCACAAUGUUCAUCAAGUAUCUGUAUGGGUGAGUCCUCCUGGGGUGAAGAGUCUAACGUUAUCUCCAUAUGUAGAAAAAGGAUCUGUUCUAAUGCUGUUCACACCGAGGAAUCCAUUUUUAAUCUAUAAUCAGUUUUACGAUAUGGUGCGUGAAAUUGGUUUGGAGUAUUACAACUGUGAUGAUAACCCUUGGGUACAAGAUCUUUCUUCUCAAAUUACAAGAAAACAGAAUGAGUAUCUGCAAGAACAAAAGCAUUUGGAUUCAUAUUGUGAUUUAAUGAAACGUUAUUCACGAUAUGGUUCGGACAAGAAACAUGCAUCUAAUGAUCAUUGGUGUUCCAAUGAGAAUAGCACUUAUUGCCCGGAUAGGUGCUACCUUGAUUCAGGAUCUGCUUGGUUUCUGGCUCCUGGUAUUGACCAGUCUUUGGAUUAUGUGCCAUUUUCAAAAGGCUCUGGCUGUGCAGAAACGAAUGACAAAUUUUCUUGCAAAAAAUGGCAGUCAGGACACUGCAUGUAUGAAGAGGAAUUGUCAAGAUCUGAAAAUCAGACAGAUUAUGGAAGUGUUGGCUUGGAAACUUCGAUGCUCAAAGGGCUAAAUGAUGAAAGAGCCGCUACUGCUUUACUGUUGGCAGCAGCAAAGGAGCGUUGUCAGCAAUGGGACAGGGCUCAACGGGUGCACACAGCUCUUCCAAGAUAUGUUUCAAUUGGACAAACCCCUCCGGGAUUUAGAGGACUAGCUUGUCGAUCUAAUCAGUCCCUAUCCUUGCUAGCCAUGGAUACACUCCAAUUCCAUCAGUUUGCGGAGGGUCUUGGGUUGGAUGUACUUUCAUUUCCUGAUAAAACAGCCGUUGUUAUUUUUAAUGCUGAGUUGGAAAGCACAUAUGUGUUAAAUGGUCCUGUAAGCCACUCGUCUUUGCUGGAUUUCAUGACAAACUACACCAAAGGGCUUCUUAGUCGCAGUUUAAGGAAUAGUUCUCAGCAGUGGAGCACUUCUCUGAACAAGUAUCGAGAAAUUAAAUCAGAAAGUUGUACAAAUAGUGAGUCAGAAAUGUGCAUUCAAGAAUUAACAUCUUCAAAUUUUGAAGCAUUUGUUAUGGCUGAAGAUAAGGACGUUGUUCUUCUAUACCAUUCCCCUUAUUGUGCAUUUUGCCAUAGUGUCUCUCACAUAUACUUGACAGUAGCAAGGUACUUCAGACUCCAUCACAGUCUUGAGUUCUAUCGUAUAGAUGGGGAAAAUAAUGACCUGCCUUGGGAAUUUACUAUGGACAGGUAUCCUACACUGUUGUUCUUUCCUGCAUUCAGAAAAUCAGAUAGCAGAGUAUACCCAUCAAAUCUUCCGCUUACUGUCAGUAAUCUUAUUAAUUUUGUUUUGGCCAAUUUGCGAGGUUUAUCGCACAUGGAAGGAAUUUUGGCAUUAUGCAGUGGAUGGGACGAGGGUGUAGAUAAUGUUUCAGCAAAGGAUUGUGUGGAUCAAGUCCGUGGAGAAACUGUUGAAUUAAUAGCAGAUACUUUAUCUCGGUACAGGAAAUCUGUUUUUCGACAGUCAAUGCAGUCUGUUGCCAUUAAUGCAUCUAGUGAAUAUCAGCGUUUGCUGCGAAGACAGACAAAAGAUCUUUUGUUUCAACUACACACAUUAAGAGAAAUUAAUUUGCUGUUGGGAUCUGUGAGUAGACUUCAAGAAACAAGUUCUGAAUACCUGAGUAUUCAGAAGAGUUUAGAAAUGUACUAUAAGCACAGUUAUGUACAUCACAAAUCAAAUGUUACAUUUCAAUCUUCACAGCAUACUAAGAGUGAGGACAUAAAAAACACCAAUGAAGGAAAUUUAUGACACAUUUGGAAAUUUUAUUCAAAGGUCAAUACCUUUGUGUAAACUUGGAUAAUGUUUAUGUUGGUGUUAAAUUAACUUUGUGCAUCAUCUGUUAUUUUUGAAAAAAGGGAUUUAAGGAAAUUUUAUUUUGUGACAAAAUGUUAAUUUUUGUUCCAUUUAAUUGAGUGUUGGUAUGGCUUCCCAGAAUUAGCAUGUUUUUUUAAAUGUACGCUACCAGAUAAUGAAUUCAUUGUGUUCUAUUUUAUUUUUAAACUCGCUGAAGUGGUGAGACAGAAGUGUAGAUCAGAAACUUAUUUAGCUUGAAAUAUUGUGAUGGUUCAAUUAUUAUUCGGUAUCAUGUUGAAAAAUAUAUGUAGCAAGGUCAAAUUGUAUGCAUUGUACUUUGGUGUUCAGAAAAGCUGCUGCAAGAAUGUGGUAAAAAAUUGCCAAGGGUGUUCAAUGUCAAGUGUGAUUAAUCAUUAUUCAAAAAUUUGCUACAAGUCUGAUAAUAAAAUUACAUAAAGAGACAGUAACAUGUAAAUUUCAGUGUGGAAGUAUCAAAUUUUAAGCUGUAAGUGGUCACCUAUUUAUUGAAAUUAUAUUGUGCCCAUACACUGUUAGUUUUGUAUUGCACUCAUACAACAUACUUGAUGUCCUUUUUGGAACUGGAAGUUAAAAAACAAACCAAGGUAAUCCAAAUUCUGAAACAUGUUCAGAAUGUAAAGAGAAAAAAAAAUCGGUUAGUUUUCUUUUCUUUAUCUCACACUAUUUUUGAUAGUUAUUUUUUUAAAAGUAAUGUUAAUGAAUUAAGUACUUAAUAUUUUUAUGAUUAAUUUAUGACUGACUGUAUUUCAACUGUAAGACACUAUAAAGAGAUAUCUCCAAUGAUAUUAAGAAAUUAUAAGCUUUAGAGGAAAUCAGGUCUUUGAAUGGUGCCUUGGUUUUAUUUCCUAUUUAGUAAGAAUAAAAAUGUAUACUUUAUGGUAAAUUGAAUUGAAUUUUGUGUGGGAUAUGUGUUCCUAGCAGUUUGGUGGUGUGGGUGUUUAUAGACACCAAUGCAAUGUAAUAUAUUGUUUCUAUUUGUAUUUCCUUUCUAUUCUGUGAAUAAGAAUGAAUACUAGUGUAACUACAUCAUCUGUGAUAUAAAAUGUGAAUAGAUUAUGUUACCACAUAGAAGUUAUGAAUAUUUUGCAGUUAGAAAAUUGAACUUAUGGGCUAAAAAUGAUUACAGUACACCAAGCAUAUGUGUAUUGAGAAAAGUAACUUACUUUUCUUUAUGUACUAGGUAAUAUGUAAGUGCUUGUCUUUAUUUCAAAUUCAAAAUUUCACUCUGUUGUUUUGGCUCCAGAAAAAUUGAUGUAGGAUGAUAGUGUCAUCUAACAGUCUAAAACCCAAAUGUAGAUCUCGACAAAAGAUGUGUAUCUUAAAUUUCAAUUGCUGUUACAUAAUAUAAGGUUGAAACGUUUGUCCAUGAAUAAAAUUUACUGUUGAUAUAUUGUUACUUUUUCAUUUACUUCCUGUAACUGUAUUUUGAAAAGAUUUGUACAGAGUACAACAAAGUGAUUCAAUGGUUUCUAAUUUGUAACAAAAACUGUUGCUCGAUAAACAUGAGAAAUUUGAUUAAAUACUAUGAAAUACUUUUAUUUUACAAGUGGAAGAAUUUUAUUUGCAAAAAGGGAAAUGGGAAAUGUUUUAAUGAUAAUUAGUUCCAUAGUUUAUAAAAUUAAUAGAAGAUUCCAAUCUGAUGUAGAAAUCAAAACCUGCUUUGUUAAACAAAAAUUUAUUUUGCGGAAUUAAGAUCUUUGUCUUGGAUCACAC